UGUCGUGCCCGCAGUUCUUAGGCUUCAACUCGCAUUCUCUUGCCUUUCUGAAGCAUUACAAGAGGUUAUUGCUAUAGAACUUCCCUGAACGAAUCCGCAUUAGAACAUUAACCCUACACAUUAUAAAGGGGUGCGCGAUAGAAAGACGCUGGUGCAUCGCUUAAUAAAAUCGCGUAUAUCUUUCCGUGUAAAUAAUUAAUUUAGACAAUUUUAAAAUCGGCUGUGCUAAAUAAACGAUAAUAUAAGACAAAGUGUGGAAGCUACUUGCAGUGAAUUUCACAAUGACUAAACCUCAAAUUGGAAUUUAAUCAAGAUUCGAACAGACAUAUAAAAUGUUAAUUUCCAACGGAAACACACUUGGGGGCGGACCUGAGUUUUCAAGCGUGCCAGGACUUUCGGGUUGUUGUCCCGUACCCGUUGCUCCUGCGGCAAGAUCGGCGAUUGUUAACUGGAAAAUGGACCCCGUCGGCUUACCAACACCUAAUACGGCACCUAACGUUUUACCUACGGCUCUACCAUUAUCGCCCUCAGUUGCAAGUUCGCCUUCCAUUUCAAGUCCAACUGUCGUCUCCUCGCCUGGGAUCGCGUCGACUGGACCAAACAGCUUGGGGCCUGCUGCUCUGCGUGAAAUUUACGGUGGUGCCGCAUCUACCCCUGGUCAUCCUUUGGCUUCCCUCGUAUCGCAACAGAGGUUACUUGAAAUGUCCCGAUUUGGAUUAAGACAUUUUGACCUCGCUCAACAUAUGCUCACUCAGCAGGGCGCCGUCACAAAACUACUGGGUACAUUAAGGCCACCAGGACUGAUUGGUGGAAGCAAACCAAAGGUAGCAACCCCGGCUGUUGUUUCGAAAAUUGAACAGUACAAACGUGAAAAUCCAACGAUCUUCGCUUGGGAAAUUCGUGAAAGAUUAAUAUCGGAAGGCGUCUGCACGAACGCUACGGCACCAUCCGUUAGUAGUAUAAACCGCAUUUUGAGAAACAGAGCAGCCGAGAGAGCUGCGGCAGAAUUCGCAAGAGCUGCCGGUUACGGACUGUACCACCCCCAUCCUUACGCCGCAGCCGCCGCAGCGUUUCCCUGGCAUUCACAUUUGUGGCCGAAUGGUCCAUUAGGUCUGCAACCCCCUAACGGCGGCGUAAUGGGCGGCUCUCCCAACUCGUCCGCAUCUCCCCAAGACCACAGUCUCCUCAACUCGCCUCCCAGUCAACGUCUCCUUGAUGUCGACGGCAAGGACGACUCUAGCCUAUCCGAAUCUAACGACCAACCGAAAUUUCGGCGAAAUCGCACCACGUUCAGUCCCGAUCAAUUAGAAGAACUAGAAAAGGAAUUCGAAAAAAGUCACUAUCCCUGUGUAUCUACAAGGGAACGAUUAGCGUCCAAAACGUCACUAUCGGAAGCGCGAGUUCAGGUUUGGUUUUCCAACAGACGAGCAAAAUGGAGACGGCACCAACGAAUGAAUAUGCUGAAGCAAUCUUCUCCGGUUCAGCAAGGAAGCCAGUCGCCGAUGUUCGGGGGUCGUUUAACACCUUCGCCUCACUACACAGUCGCUUCCACCCCUGGCUCCCCACUUACUACACGACAACGCACCUCCGGCCCGACGGCUUCAUCCCUCUUACUCCAAAUGGGAGGUGAAAACAGCGCGUUCAAAUCCCUAGUACCAAAUUCCGCUCUGUUGGCCGCGUCCGAUAGUAUCCACCGGCUAGGGGAUUACGACGAUAAGUCCGAUUCCGACGAGGAAAUUAACGUAAACGAUGAAUCUGACGACGAUCGAGGUUUCUCUAGGUCGUCAAGUCCAGUUGAAGUAGUUGAUCCGCCUAAUGGAAAGGAGCUGCCUACGUGUCAGCCUUUGCAGUUGACAAUACACGACAGGGAUUAAAUAUGCGUACAUUAAUGAACAAUUACCAAAGCAACCGAUGUAUUUAUUAUAGUUAUUUAUUGUGUCAGCGGCUGCGAAGCAAUCGAGCAAAUGAACAAUGUGUCGUAAUUAUCGUAUUAAAAUUCGUUUAUAUCUUUAAGCCGAACAUUAAUCUUAGUAAACAUUUCCGCGUUACAGAAUGUGCGAUUUAGUUAUAGAUGAAAUCUUAUUUAUUGAAGUUAUGGUAAAGUUGAACAAAUAACCAUUUGUUGAACUGAUCUAAUCGCCAAGAUCUUCACAUAUUCUUUUAAUACCUUGGCGUGUAGGUAUUUCAACAUAUGGUUGAGCGUGAAUACAAUUACAUCAUUGUAAAAUAGUUAUAGGCAAUGCAAUUGUGAUGCA